CCUCAAUGUUUGCUCCACCUUUCUUUUUACGUCAUGGUUAGAGCGUGGAGCGGACGGAGCGGACCACGAAGCUGAUUGAGGUUGAGCGGCUGAUAUUCCCGAAUCGAGUGUCGAGUAUUUCGAAGCGUGCCGCGAUGUAGCCCCGUGCGGCAAGUCCAGAUCACUCCAUUUGACUUUCAACUCUGUGAUCUGCAUACGAUGGGCGAAUAGCGACGUGGCAAGAUGUCUCAGGUUGAACCGUGCAAGGUCCGGCAACAAAAUGAACUGGAGGUCUUGAAGUCCAUUUUUGGAGACGAGUUACGUGACUUGAGGAAGAACAGAAACAAGAAGAGAUGGCAGUCGCUGGAUAUCGUUAUUACCUUGACGCCGCAGAAGGGCAUGUCUGGGCCGGCGGAAGUCUAUGCGCAGACAGAUUUACACAUUGUGUGCUGCGACAAAUAUCCCGACAAUGCACCGACCAUUCAGCUGCAAGACAGCAGAGGGUUAUCUCAUCAGCAGGUGGCGGUGUUGUCGUCGGAGCUGGAGAACCUGGCGCAGGAGAAGAUAGGCGAAGUUAUGAUUUUAGACUUCUGCGAGCACGUACGAAUGUACCUGCACAAGCAUAACAAACCGGGUUACAGCAGCUUCUACGAGGAGAUGGUUUCGCGGAAUCAGGAGAAGAUACAGUGCGAGAUGCAGGAGAAGCAGAUGAAGGAGGACAAGGAGAGACAGGUUCUGCAGGAUGCCAUACAGAAGCGCCAGGCGGCCCUGAAGGCUGAGAUGCGCAAUCGAAAGGAGACUGUUCGACUCGCUAUGGAUUCCGAUGCUGUCUCUCGGUCCAUACCGUCGUCUCCGCACGAGCGAGGGACGAGCCGCUUCAGACGUCGAUGCGCCAGCACGUCGGAGAGCUCCGAAGGGUCGCUGUGCGAGCACAGAGGCAUCAAGUCCAUCGACUUCGACAGCAACAAGGGCGAGAGGCAGGUGCACCGGGGGAAAUGCCUGGGACACAGCGCGAAGGGCUCCGUGGUGUACGCCGGCGUGGACACGAUCACCGGAGAACUGCUGGCCAUCACGGAGUGGACGUUGAAAUACGCGAUGGCGAACGGCGGCUGCUCCGCUUACGAGAGCGUCGACGUGCAUCACACCGUCAAGCAGAUCGCCAGUCUGGAGCAGGAGUUGAAUCACCUGUACAAGCUGUAUCAUCCGAAUCUCGUGCACUACUUGAAUAUGAAGUACACGAGGAACAGCGAUAGCGUGGUGAUUUACGUGCUUCAAGAGUUCGUUGUUGGCACCACGUGCUCGUUCUUCCUGAUGGAAAACAUUCCGGUCGACGUCGACAUGCUGAGGCAUCUGGCGACGGGUGUCCUCGAGGCGUUGCGAUACCUCCACGAGAAUAAUGUGGUGCACAAAGACUUGCGCGACACCAGCAUUUACAUAGACCACGCGGGUGUUGUGAAACUAUCCGACUACUCCUUAGACAAGAGACUGACGGACAUGUAUCGUUCGAAUUCCUUGGCAAAGGCCGAGCACGAUUUUCCGACGGUUCAAGGCCGAGGUGGUAAAAAGGCGGACAUAUACAGAUUCGGGAUAUUGUUGCUUUCGCUACUGAAAGGAACUAUCAUAUCUGGCGAGGAAAUCGAUCUAGUAACAAUUCCACAGCUUCAUCUGAGGGACUUCAUUUCAAAGUGUCUCAUCGACGACGAGAGAAUGCGUUGGUCCGCGGAGCAAUUGCAGCAACAUGGCUUUAUAAAAAUACCAUUGGAACGAGGUGUAUUGCCCUCUAAACCGAAUCACGACGAGAAGGAGAAGAAUUUGGAGCCGGAAGAACCGGAUAUCGAUAUUCAGUUGCAUUUGCUGGCGCUGGGUAGGCAGUCGCGAAUACAGAACGAAUUCGAGGUCUUGAAGUGGCUGGGAAAGGGGGCCUUCGGCGACGUUCUGAAAGUGAGAAAUAAAUUAGACGGCGGUAUCUACGCUAUCAAACGUAUAGAAUUGAAUCCAAAGAAGAAGCAGCUGAACAAGAAGAUUACGCGCGAAGUGAAAUUGCUCUCACGAAUGAAUCACGAGAACGUAGUGCGAUAUUACAAUUCGUGGAUCGAAAGUGCUACCCUGGACGACUCGGUUAGUCACAGUCGGUUCACGCCGAUCACCACGUCUUCAGAUAGAGCCACCACACAGGACAAAGCUGAAAUACAAGCGGAAAGCGACGAGAUAGAAAAAUUUGCUCCACCUUUACGCGACGUCGAGUGGAAUAUAUCGUACGAAUCUAGGGCGAAUGCGGCUCACAGUGACGAUGAGAACAGUGAUGCCUCGACUGACAGCGAAGAACACUGCGCGUUUCUAUCAAUCCGAACUCUACUGCGUAUCGAAUCGUCCGAUAGCAUUGAAUUUGAAAGAGAUGGCGUGUCGCAAAAAUCUGCAGCGACAUUGGACGUUUCGAACAACGAUGCUAAAAAUACCGAAACCUUUAGCGAAGACGUGACUGUGAAGGAGAUACAAUUUAUGUACAUACAAAUGGAGUUUUGCGAGAAGAGCACAUUGAGAACUGCCAUAGAUAAUGGUUUGUACGAGGAUGAGGAACGUUACUGGAGGCUGUUUCGCGAAAUCGUAGAAGGUCUGGCGCACAUUCACCAGCAGGGUAUGAUACACAGAGAUUUGAAGCCUGUAAACAUCUUCCUCGACAGUAACGACCAUGUCAAGAUAGGAGAUUUUGGAUUAGCCACGACCAAUAUAUUGUCGUCGUUUGUUCCGACCAUCGACACCGACAAGGAGUCUCAAUUUGAGAAAGGUGGGAGUUUUGACGUAGAAGAAUUGGGAUCUCUCACUGGCCAGGUUGGCACAGCCUUAUACGUAGCUCCUGAGCUCUCUGCGAAAACUGCCAAAGCAAUUUAUAAUCAAAAGGUAGACAUCUACAGUCUGGGAAUCAUCUUCUUCGAAAUGACGUACAAGCCGCUAACCACUGGGAUGGAGCGCGUCAAGAUUCUCUUGAACUUGCGCUCGAAAGAAAUCGUCUUCCCUCCCGACAUACUAGAAGCAGACAUGUCUCAAGUUCAUAUUAUACGUUGGUUGCUGAAUUACGAUCCGAGUCAACGUCCCACCGCUCAGGAAUUACUCUCUUCCGUGUACUUGCCACCGCCGUUGGAAGAGACGGAAUUGCAAGAAGUGAUGCGCCACACGUUGUCCAAUAGCCAAAGUAAAGCAUACAGAUAUUUAGUGGCGUCGUGUUUCACGCAGGAUGUUACGCCGGCAGAAGAUAUUACUUAUGACAUGAAUUUACCCACUAGGGGAACGCCAAGUGUCCUCUCCUCAACGAAGGAGUGCCUGCGGGAGAGCGUGAAACAAAAAAUCGUUGAGAUAUUUCAAAAGCACGGCGGAAUAUACCUCGCGACCCCGCUGUUAAUGCCCAAGUCAAUUCAGCAUUCUAACUUCACCGAGUCGAGCGUGAAAUUGAUGACCCGCACCGGCAGUAUAGUUUCUAUACCUCACGAUCUUCGCACCCCUUUCGCUCGAUACGUUGUGUGGAAUAAUAUUUCGCAUAUUCGAAGAUACGCUACUGAACGUGUCUUCAGAGAUAAAAAGGCACGAGGAUUUCACCCGAGGGAAUUGUACGAAUGCGCUUUCGACAUCAUUGGUCAUGUAGAUAAUAAUUUAAUGACAGAGACUGAACUGAUCUUCAUCAUAUGGGAGAUUUUUAACGAGUUGCCGCAAAUCCGGGAACAUAAUUUCACAGUGCGCCUAAAUCACACGUCGCUACUGCAAGCUGUGCUAAUGUACUGCGGCGUGGAAAAGGACAAGUAUCAGGACAUAUAUUCCAUCCUGCAGGAUGCCCGCGAUGGGAAGUUAACCAGGUUCCAGGUCCAAACGCACCUGAUAAGCUUAUGCCUAACCGAUCAGGCUAUGGAAACGCUUUUCAAUUUGCUUGAGACGGAAAGCUCCGUUGCAAAAAUCGCCAGUGUCUUGAAGACAAUAACGAAGAGGAAAGGAGAUGCCGCUGGUCUAGCCAAGGAAGGCUUGAAGGACAUAGAGACUGUAAUAUCAAAUGUAGAAGGUUUGGGUGUCAAGUGGCCUAUUACUGUCGUACCUUUAUUAACAUACAACGUACAACAAUACAGUGGUGUGAUAUAUCAGAUAACUUGCGAGUUGAAGCAUAGACGGAGACGAGGCGGCCAAGAUGUUAUAGCCGCGGGUGGGCGAUACGAUAAAAUGCUGGUGUCGUUCAGAAAAGUGCUGGAGCGCACCGGGAUGGCUAGCAAGGAGACGAAACAAUACGGCGCUGGUAUCAGCAUAUCAUUGGACAAAUUAGUAUCCGCUGUCGCAGAGGCGUGCGAAAGUGGCGAAAGUAAAUGCGGCAUCGACGUGGCUGUGUGCUGCGAGGGUGGUCCAGGAAGCGAGGGAAGAAAAGAAAAUAAUAUGAUUAACGUGUUACGAGAGAUUUGGUCAUUGGGAUUGAAGGUCACGAUCCUGGAUCUAGGCACUAUGGAAGAGAUAUUAGAGUACUGCCAAGAGAAUUCUAUAAGUCACAUAGUAUUAUUAAGAAAUGGUACUUUAAGGGUGCAAACGUGGGAGAGAGACCGAUUUCACGAGAAGAAAUGGAAUACUACGCAGGAUAUCGUUGAGUACUUGCAACGACAGUCGGAAGCCGCGUUGCCGAUCCUGAACAGGUCCGAGAGUAAAUUAAGCGCGAAUAAUGAUAUACCGGUAGCGUCCAGCAAUCCGGUUAACAUCAACAUCAAUUUCGUUCUCUCGGAACGAGACAAAGUGUCCGGAAGUGGCAGGAGAAGUUACAAGAAUACCAUAUUGGCGCAAACGUCGUCCUAUUUGCAAAGAAUAUCGCAUAAAGUUCCUGUCGAAAUCUUCGCAGUCUUUCUGGAAAUGUCUGUUAUAAGAACGAUCAUCAGUUUUCUGGAAAUUGACGAGGAGGAACAAACCUUUCAAAAAAGUAUUCAGAUUGUAAUAAAUAAACAUCCACGGCACAAGAAAUAUAUCAAGCAAAUAUGCGAGGAAAUGAGGGAAUUGCGGAAUGAGAAGUCCAAGCCUGUAGAGAUACUUUACAGUUUGACAGACAGUAAACACAUGACUUUAAUAUAAGUGAUAUUGUCGAAGCCGAAGAAUAUAUUUUCGUAACAAUUGUGUAAAAUCAAUGAUGAUGAAUGAGAUGUAUGUUAAUCUAGAUUGUCACACAAUGUACAAAACAUACAUUUAGAUACUUAGCAUUUUUGUACCGCAUUCUAUAUUUUUAAAUAUCAACAUUUAAUACAAAAAAUGAAAUCAAAGACAUAA